UGUCGACGAUCCAGUUGUCAAGAAACUGACUGUGUGUGUGUGUGUGUGUGGGGUGUUCGUUCAUAUGUUAUAAUGGCUUUUGGGUUUUGCAGGUGAAAUCUUUAUUGCAACCCCAACCCUUACCCUUUGAUUGUACUGCUCGGAAGGACUUUCCGACCAAGCGGCUUUACUAAGCCCACCGACAGUUCUUAUAAAUGUCCUCCCACUCUCUUAUCUCUCUUCUCACUGCCUCUCACUUACUCUCCUCUCUAAUAUCUCUCCUACACACUACUUAGAAUGCAGAUUAUUUCUCUGCAACUGUAUCUCUGAAACUAUAAUUAGCGCAACCAAACAUGGUACAGUCAAGGAAGUUCAGAGGAGUCAGGCAACGCCAGUGGGGCUCUUGGGUGUCAGAGAUUCGCCACCCAUUACUUAAGAGGAGGGUGUGGCUAGGCACAUUUGAGACAGCUGAGGCAGCAGCAAGAGCAUAUGACCAAGCAUCCAUAUUGAUGAACGGUCAGAAUGCCAAGACCAAUUUUCCCAAUAACAACCCACCAUCUGAUGAUCAAGAAACUAAACCUACUGAUCAUCUUCCUCAUGGUCAUCAGCUUCCAUGGGAUCCCAAAGAACUUGCAGAGCUGCUCAGCUCCAAGCUCAAGAAGUGUUGCAAAGACCCAUCUCCUUCCCUCACUUGUCUGAGACUCGACAACGACAAUUCUCACAUUGGAGUGUGGCAGAAGCGCCCCGCUGGAUCACGCGCAAGCUCUAAUUGGGUCAUGAGAAUUGAGCUGGGGAAGAAGGAGAAGCAAUAUAACACUACAGUUAUUGAAAAUGAAGGAUCAACAUCAUCACCAUCAUAUUUAAUAAGUCAAUCAUCAUCAGCUGGAUCAAUUACUAACGAGGCUGGAAUUGCAAUUGAAGAAGCUGAUGAGGAUCAUGGUGAAGAGGAUAAGCUUGCAAUGCAAAUGAUAGAGGAAUUACUCAACUGGAAUAGUUAUCCAAUUCCUUCACCUACAAGUAAUGUUCAAGAAGGGAAUUAAGUAUAGUGACUAGUUGCAUGCUCUCUAGCUAGCUAGUACUUAAUUUGCAAACUCUUGAUUAUAAUUUCAGUUACGUAUAGUAGUAAUUAAUCAUAAAAUGUCACCGCACUAACAAUGUUUGUGAUUGGUGAUCAACGUGAAAAUUGUAAAAAAUUAAAGCACAGCUUCUAUAUAUUCAGGUAAUUGCUUCUUGGUGGUGAUCGA